AUGGCUAACCGGCGCCGCAAUUCCUCUGCUUUUCAGCUUCCCCAAAAUGAUACAGCUUCUCAAUCCACCGCUUCAAGUGGCUCCUCCCCAGUUUACCAUGGAAUCCGAUUGCGAGCUGGGAAAUGGGUUUCUGAAAUUCGUGAAAACAAGUCCAGUCGCAUAUGGCUUGGUUCGUAUCCGACACCAGAGAUGGCUGCUGCUGCUUACGAUGUGGCUGCAUUGGCAAUCAAAGCAAGAGCAGCUGCCGCUCGAUCACCGGCGUAUGAGUAUGGUAGCGGAAGCAGGACGGUGGGUGGUACAGAUACAGCUCCACCUCCUCCUCCUGGACCUGGUGUGUAUGUGGACGAUGAAGCAAUGUUUGGCAUGCCAAAUUUGUUGUCAGACAUGGCGGAGGGAAUGCUCCUUAGUCCACCGAGGAUCGAUUCUAAUCCGCCAGACGAUGGAACAUAUUAUUCCGGUGGAGGAAAUCUGUGGAACUACUAA